AUGUCUGUAGUAUCAAGUGUGAAAGGUGAAGCUUCGCAACAAGCUCGAUCGCUGUAUCGACAAUUGUUAAGACAGGGCGGCCAAUUCGCAGCAUACAAUUUCCGAGAAUAUGCGAAACGUAGGACGAGCGACUCGUUCAGAGAACACAAAGAUGUUCAGGAUGAGAGGAAGAUCCAGGAAUUGAUGCAGAACGGACUAAAGGAAUUACAAAGCUUGAAGAGGCAAACUGUUGUCAGUCAGUUCUUCCAACUCGACAAAUUAGUAGUCGAAGGCGGGAAAACGGGGAAGCAAUCCGGGAAGAGAAAUGACAUAUAUGCUCAAUUGUUAAUGUCUUCUUCUAUUAGUUUCACGUCCCAGAACCCUCCGUCGCAUCGACAUUACGACGAAUCUGAAACCGACCACAACUCUACAAAGCUCUUUGUAAUUAAAGCAGACGAUAGUGCGAGAACAUCAGAUUCAAGAUUGGAAGAUCAAAGCGAACCAAUUCUCUCAAGCCCUGUCGCAAUCAAAGUAUCGCCAGUUGCGACAGUUAGUGCGGCGGCUCCCAAGUCAAGAAUAAUAAAGCUCCGGCUCGAUCCUACCCUUCUCUGGAACAUUGAAAACUCAUCCCCUUCGUCGCAUAGUUUCAUUGAAACUUCACAAAAUAUUGAUAUGCCCGCUUACCGAACAGGUGGAAGGCGGCAGAAUCGCACGGGUUAUGUUGACCAUGAUAUACUCGAGGGAGUUCCAGUAAGACAAUGGCGCCGCGAAUUUGUUACGGUAGCGCCUCCACCUCCACAGGAAAGCAUUGCUUCUCAAAAUGAUAUUUGGGCAUCAGAGCUGCCAUUGGGAAUGCCAAAAGACUCCCACCUACUGUCACAACACAGUCAAGAGUUACUCCGCGCCGCGCGUUCUGGAAGGAUAUAUAAACGGCCUGCUUCUAUGGACGAAAAAGAACAAGAUCUCGAAGCCAUUCUAGGAGAUAAGUUGGACAAAAAGGAGGAUGAGCUCAAAGAUAGCGGAUUCACGGCUCGUGCCUGGAAGCAGAUUCCUGGUCACCAGAAUGCAUCGGAUAUGAAUUUUUUGGCUAAAAGAAGAAAGGGAUUGGUAUCUGCAGUUUCUAAACAAACCCCUGUACCAACAGUCGUACAAACCACAAUUCGCAGGACAGAUGCUGCAGGCAAUGAGUAUCUGGAAAAGAUUAUUGUACCCCAUGGUCAAAUUGUCGUAGGGGACGUUGUCUCGCAAACGACCAUUCCAGAUCCAAAUGCAGCCGAGGGUACACCAUUCCGCCGCAAGGGUCCAGUAGGCAAGAAAGGAAGACGAGGCCCUGGCAGGGGACGAAAGAAGAUAAUGCCUACUUCUGCACCUCAUAUAACUAGCGAACCAGCAGCUCAAAAUGGCGAUGCGAGUAUCUCUAAUUUAGAGGCUGAUAGAAUCAAGAUCGAAGGUGAAGGCAGUACACCACCAGUGAAAAAUUUCGAUACCGAGAUGGUAGACGAUUCGAAUCCAGCUUCGGAUGAUGAUGACGGGGAUGAAGGCGAUCAAGGAGAUGAAGAUGAUGACCCCGCUGAUGUUUCCAAUUCGCCAUCAAGACCGCACAGGGACUCUUCCCAAGACCAUCCUAUGUCAACUAUGCUUGAAAUACCAAAAUUGAGCAGCGCCGACGUCAUGAUGGGCGGCACCGACAAUUACGGACCCACAAAAUCAGAACUAGAAAGAGUGAAGGAUGAAGGAAGAUUCGGUAGUCCAUUGAAGCAAAUAGCUUUGACUACAUCCACUGUCAAUACUCCUAUGGUAUCGCCGACGGAGACCACCAUACGGGAGCCCAAAUUAUUUCCUGCGGGAAAUAAUGAUAACGGAUCAUCUUAUAUUGAGAGCAUACACCAGGAAAUGCUGUCAGUGGUAGACGAAUUCGCCCCAAGCGAACUACCCCCUGUACCACCACACCCCACAGAAGAGCAUGAGGAGGUAUCCAUAGAACUCCGUGCCGAAGAAGAGAGGGAAGAGGAAAUGCUUCUUGACAUUCUCGAAAAUGAAGAAAAUGCCCAGAUUGGCGCAGCAUUCUCAGUAGAAAUCGACAGUCCAUUUCUCGCUAUUCCGGCUUCAAUUCAAUCUCCCGCAAAAGCUUUAGAUCCGCCUCCAGCUGAAGCAAAAAGUCCCCAAAAUGAUACAGUACCUUCUCCAGUACCGUCUCCAAUACAUGUCGUCGAAGAACCACCUACAGUACACAAUCUCGCCACGGCUUCCUCCGGUUCUCCAAUCAAAGAGCGGCCAGUAGCUUUGAGUUUCUCUGUGUCUCCAUCCAAAGAUGAAAAGCAGCCAGUCACCUCAACUUCACCACCGUCUGCGGUACCUGAACCUGCGGUACUUGAAACUGCUGAACAUGUCGAGCCUGCUGAAUAUGUCGAAACUGCUGAACCCGCUGAACCUGCCGAACCUACAAAAUCAACUGAGCUAAAUGGGUCAAAUGAGACAAAGGUGUCAAAUGUCGUAAACGAGCCAAACACGCCUGACGAUCUCACCGAGCCGGCCAAUCCCACAUUCGAAGAAGAAGACGAUAAUGACUUUCUCGAUUUACUAGGUGGUCUAGAGAGGAAUCUAUAUGGCAACUCACAACCACCUGCUGCCUCACCAGCUCCAGCUCCAGCUUUAGCUUCAAUUGCUCUCGUCCAACCAAACCCUAUAGAAGAUAACAGCCCAACACCCAAAGAUGUGGAGGGUGAUACAAAUCCAGAAGAGAAGGAGAAGAGUGAGGAUAUUAAAGAAGAGAUUCCAGCAUCCUAA